AUGUAUCCCGCGCUCCAAGUGCAGCGCGACCACAUGGCACAGCAGACGGCGAAGUCUCAGCAGGCUGGGCCUCGUCGACCACACCACACACCACAUCACCACCAGAACACAGUUCGGGCCCGUGCAGAUCGUGCCCGUCCUCUACCGGAGACACCUCGCAAACCUCAUCAUCCGGAUCGGAACCCCUGCGACGCCGGCAUGACGAAGGCGUUGCCUCGCAAGCCAGUCUCUCGUCCACCGCUCCGGGACAUCCAGCCCAAUGUCUGUGACUACCGCUCGACGGGCCCUUCGCAGCAGGGUUCGACGCGUAGGGCUUCGUCGGUGGCAAUGUCGCAGGCGCACUCUCGCAUGUCGGAAAUGUACACCAUGAUUGACGACCACCUGGCGUGGAACAUGUCGUCGUCGGACCUUGAAGCUGCUCGUCCGGGGAGCUCGGGGACCAUGUUUCUCGACUUCGACACCGACGGGGAAAUGGAAGUGAGCUAUCGCAACGGCGUGAAUAAGAAGCUGCCGACGCCUCCUGUGCCGGCCAAGCCUACGCUCUCGCGGCACACUGCACUGCGCGGAGAGGUGGAGAGGGAAGUCCUCCCACGCAAGCAGACGAAGAGGACGUGCGAGGUCGAGAAGCGAAAGCCGCUCCCUCCACGCCCUUCGUCCUCGUCGCGCCAUGACUCCGUCAUCUCGUCCGGCCGCCUGGAGGACGAGAAGAUCGACCGGCACUUGGACGCUCGACCUCUGCCUCGCGUCCCGCCCAAGGACUCUCGACGCACACAGGUUCAAGACCGAGUCGCUCGACGCUCAUGCCCACCACAAGUGCACAAAACGCAGAGCACGCGCCAGGCACCCUCUACCUCUGCCUCUCCAGCACCAUCACAACCCCCAAUGCAUUACUCGCCGUCUUCCCACCACACAGCACCCACGUCCCGCGGUCGAACGACCUACAUCGAUCCCUCAGGCCUACAAGUGCGCUACCACGCCCCGCCCUCCCCUUCCCCUUCCGCAGCAGGUACAGCAUCCAAACCCGCGUCGCGAGCCUACGUCUCAGGCUACGACCCAGCGACCAACUACGCGUACGACUACGACGGCCGCACCAUGCACGUGCACGGCUCGCCGACGCCCUCGCGCCCAGGCAGCCACACGUCCGAGUACUUCGACAUCAGCGCGUCGACGUACCGUUCCGACGUCGGGCUUAGGUUGGUCGAGAAGCCGUUGCCGCAUCCCCCACAGGGAGCUGCGCGGCUGCCGGAGCCGCCGUGUGCGGAUGCGAAGAAGCGGCAUGGGGUGAGGAGGUUUGUGCAUAAGCUUUUGAACAAGUUGGAUGGGUUGGGCGUUAUGAAGGAUCUUUCGUCCCAUCAGCGGCACUCUCGCUCGUCUAGGGGUGGGGGUAAGACGCAGACGUGGAUCGAGAAUGGCUAUGUGACGUAA